AUGAUGAUGAUAAUGGCUGAAUUGACGAUGGCAGGAACCAAUAUUUUAUUUAAAGUGGCAGCAAAUGAUGGAAUGCAUCUCAGCAUUUUGAUUGCCUACCGCUACCUAUUUGCUUCUCUUAUCAUUCUUCCUCUUGCUCUCUUCAUUGAAAGAAACAUAAGACCGAAGCUAACAUGGAAGAUACUCGGUCACGCUUUUACUUGUGCCAUUUUGGGGGGUCCAUUGGCACAAAAUCUAUUUGCAGAAAGCUUAAUUGUAACCUCAGUAACAUUUGCUACAGCUUUCAUCAAUCUCGUCCCUCCAUUCACCUUUAUCAUUGCUGUUUUAUUCAGAUUGGAGAGGGUUGAAAUAGGCAAAAUGGAAGGGAAAGCAAAGGUAAUUGGAACUCUUGUGGGGGUGGCUGGAGCCAUGGUUCUUACCUUUUACAAAGGCCAUCAGCUCAACAUCUGGUCAACUCAUUUCAACAUUCUACAUGGCGGUCAACGCAUAGGUGGACACGUGGCAGCAACCCAUAACACUUCCACACAUCAUAGCAUUGGCUCUCUAUUGGCACUGGCUUCUUCUCUAGCUAUUGCCCUUAGUUUAACAGUUCAGGGUAGAAUGAGUGCGGAUUAUCCAUGUCAUUAUUCAAGCACGUUUUUGAUUACGACAAUGGGUUUCAUACAAUCACUUGUUUUCGCUCUUUGUACCGAGAGAUCUUGGAGUCUAUGGAAGCUCGGGUUGGACGUCAGACUCCUUGCCGUUCUUUUCACGGGAAUAGGUUUAGCGGUAACAGUUACACUUAUCACGACAUCUAUACAUUUACGAGGCCCACUUUUCGUGUCAAAUUUUAACCCUUUGCUGCUUGUAUUCACGGCAAUAGGAGGAUCGCUUUUACUCGACGAAAAGUUACAUGUGGGAAGUGUGUUAGGAGCCGUAAUCAUUAUAGUCGGGUUGUACGUGAUGUUAUGGGGUAAAAGCAACGUGGAGAGGUUGUCCAAGUUGAUGCCUACAACGAGUUCAAUAUAUGAGAAUGAUGUCUCAAAGACCGACGCCACCAUGACCACUCUUGAGACUGUGCGUGUGGCUCGAACAACCAUAUACAUGAGUUUGCUUUCUCAACUGUCGAAACUGGGAAACGCGAACACGGAGUUACGUGACAUGGUGCACGGUUCAAGCUACCUUCUGGAUGGAGCAAGAAAAGGUAUGCGCAGGCGCAGUARUUCAAGGCGGACAGUUCUUAUCAAAUAUGGUAUUGGGUUUGGAGGUGCCGAGCUGUUUUUGAUGGAGACUUUCUUCUCCCUCAUGAUCCUAACCGGUGGAUUGCUAACGAUGUUGAAAUUGCUCGCUCCACACCGAGAAGAGGGAUGUGUUGGUGACGGCAAGAGCACCCUAUUUUGGUGUGAUAAUUGGAUAGGUGACAGUAAACUAAAGGACCUAUCUCCUAGACUUUUUGCUUUUGAAAAUGAUAUCAUUACGAUGGUGGCGGACAGAAUGGGAGGAGGAUCCAAAUGGGAUUGGCGUAGAGAAAUUCGAAGUGGUAGAGAAGUCGACGACCUAAUGCAAUUAUCUAGGAAUUUGGGAAAUUUCUACCUAAACUCCUAA